ACUCACUAAGUACGAUAAUCCCGAACGAAAGAGCUCCGGUUAGCGACUAAGCAAAAGGCAACUGAUAAUGACCGUUGACAAUUCUUACAAAUUAUCUCGUUAAAUCGGAAAAACAAAGAGUCGGAUUUAACGAUCUCCCUAAUGCUGAUCAUUAUUUAUUGAUAGAAUUGACAUUAACCUUCAAGGCUUACCCCCAUCAGCCUUUGAAUAAUCUUGACUAGAUGGGGGUCUUUAAAUUUAACCUUCACUAGAAAAUGGAUGUUGGUUUGGUUCAGUGCGAUCAGGACUUUGAGUAUAGUUUGCCAAGCCAUUGGAAAUGAUGUUGAGCAAUAAAAUUUGGUCAAGUAGCCGAUUUCUGUAUGGCUCAGUUAUCCUUCUGGUCAGCAGCGUAUUGCUGAAGUUGUGGUUGUUUGAGUCCAUGGUCAAGUUUGUCAUCAGAGACCAAACAGCUUUGCGCAAAAGAAAUCAAGUGCGUGAAGUCUAUCUCAAAAUUCCCUUUCCGUUGAACUUCAAGCUAUACUUUUUUAACGUGACCAAUCCCGAGGAGAUUCAGACGGGUUCGAAACCUAAACUAAAAGAAGUUGGCCCAUUUUGGUACGAUGAAAUCAAGGAGAAAGUUCAAAUCAUCGACAACGAUACUGAAGACAGCCUCACGUACACCCCUUAUGAUCUGUUUGAGUACAAUCAGAAUAAAUCAAAUCAGCUUAGAGAAGACGACUAUGUGACCAUUAUUCAUCCAGCCAUAGUAGGCAUGGUCAACUUGGUGCUCAGAGACUCCCCAGUGUUUCUGUCCAUCGUCAGCAAAGCAAUUCCUUCGAUUUUCAACAAUCCACAAACUAUAUUUUUAACUGCAAAAGUGAAAGACAUUCUGUUUGAUGGAGUGGAACUGAAUUGUUUAGGAAAAGAUUUCGGCACUACUGCCGUAUGUUCGCAAAUGAAAAGCCAAAUUCCGGGACUAAAGUUCAAGAAGGACAACGAGAAUAUUUUCCUGUUUUCCCUAUUGGGAUCGAGAAAUGGCACUUUGACCAGAAGAUUGAAAGUACAUAGAGGAAUUGCCCAUGCGAAAGACUUGGGAAGGCUGGUAGAACUUGAUGGGAAGAAAGAGAUUAAUAUUUGGCGCCAAGCUGAAUGCAACCGGUUUCAUGGUACUGAUGGUUGGAUUUUUCCAGCAUUGAGCACGCCGGAAGAAGGUUUGCCGUCCUUUUCCACAGAUUUGUGCAGCCUCCUCAUCCGUUCUGCGAUGGCUAUCACUUUUGUAUUGUCUGUUUUUCCUGAUGAAAUGUCGAAACAUCUUUUUUGGUCUAGAAGCGUCAACCUCCGCUAUAUAAACGAUACUGUUCUGAAGAAAAUACCAGUUCGUAUUUAUGAAACGGACCUAGGAGACCAGAUGACCGACGAAAAUGAAAAAUGCUACUGCCGAAGUGCUGACUCUUGCUUAAAAAAAGGUGUGUUUGAUCUCUCCAAGUGCAUGGGUGUGCCAAUUUACGCCACCUUGCCCCAUUUUCUACGCACCGAUCCCAGUUACAUAAAUCUGGUUGAUGGGCUGGCACCCAGCGAGCUCCUACAUGCAAUCCGAGUUUAUUUCGAGCCGAUGACUGGAACACCUCUAUUUGCUGCCAAGAGGAUGCAAUUUAAUUUGGAUCUUAAGCCCACGAACAAGAUUCCCUUGUUCUCCCACUUGCCCACCGCACUGUUUCCGAUGUUUUGGCUGGAAGAAAGUGUGGACCUGGAUGGAUACUUGCUGAAGAAAGUUCAGACGGUUUUCUUGCUGCUUCACGCUGUGGACAUCAUACAAUAUUUGAUGAUUGUUAUUGGCUGUGGAUGUGUAACCAUUUCCAUGUACUUUAGACUAAAAAACAGAAAGAGUGUUACUAUUACUCCUGCUACAGGUUCUAAAAAAAGUGCACCUCCAAAGCCCAUUGAUGAAAUGGACGUUUCACAUCUGAGCAUUGCGGGUAUAUUGGGGGACAGGCCACAGAAGAAGGCAGUGGUCAGUCAGGUGAUGAGUGGGCAUGAGUUUGAUAAGUACUGAACGUUUUAAACUCAAAUGAACUGUUCAAUUCAGCACAUAAGACUAAGGACGAACACAAUUGUUGUGAGAGAUGAGCAAAUCUCAAUAUAUAGAUCAAAAUCACCAGUAAAAACAA